AGAAAACUGGAGCAGCAACUCUGCCAGCAGCUGCACCCGCUGCGUUGAAAAUGGACAGCAGGGCUCGGAGCUCUUCCAGAGAGGCCCACGGGCGAGGUGGCCGGUCCUCUUCUAGGGAGGACAAGAAGGCGAAGACUGGAAGGGGCAGCGGAGACCGUGUGCGCCCGGAUGCUGGGUCAGAGCAGCGGAGCGCAGGGCGGACUGGGACCCGAGCAGAGCCCCGAGCUCCCGCCGCCACUGCCACAGUUGUGGACGUGGAUGAGGUUCGGGGCUCUGGUGAGGAAGGCACAGAAGUGGUGGCGCUGCUGGAGAGCGAGCGACCUGAGGAAGGUAUCAAGUCCUCUGGGUUGGGGGCCUGUGAGUGGCUUCUCGUCCUUGCCUCCAUGCUGAUCGUCAUCAUAACUUUCCCUUUGUCCAUCUGGUUCUGCAUAAAGGUCGUACAAGAGUAUGAAAGAGUAAUCAUAUUCCGACUGGGACAUUUGCUUCCCGGAAGAGCCAAAGGUCCUGGCCUGUUCUUUUUUUUGCCCUGCCUGGACACCUACCACAAGGUUGACCUCCGUCUCCAGACCUUAGAGAUACCUUUCCAUGAGGUGGUAACCAAAGAUAUGUUUAUAAUGGAGAUAGAUGCUGUCUGCUACUACCGCAUGGAAAACGCCUCUCUUCUUCUGAGCAGUCUUGCUCAUGUGUCUAAAGCCAUCCAGUUCCUGGUGCAAAACACCAUGAAGCGCCUCUUGGCACAUCGAUCCCUUACUGAAAUUCUCCUGGAAAGGAAGACCAUUGCCCAAGAUGUAAAGGUUGCCUUGGAUUCAGUGACCUGUAUCUGGGGCAUCAAAGUGGAGAGAACUGAAAUUAAGGAUGUGAGGCUGCCAGCUGGGCUUCAGCACUCUCUGGCUGUGGAAGCUGAGGCACAAAGACAGGCCAAAGUGCGGAUGAUCGCUGCAGAAGGGGAGAAGGCUGCCUCUGAGUCCCUGCGCAUGGCAGCGGAGAUCCUGUCAGGCACUCCGGCCGCCGUUCAGCUUCGAUACCUGCACACUCUGCAGUCACUGUCCACAGAGAAGCCAUCCACUGUGGUUCUGCCUUUACCGUUUGACAUGCUAAACCUUCUGUCUCCUCCCAGCAGCAGAGCACAAGGAAGCAUCAGCUACCCAAAUUCUUCCAAACCCGUCGAACCACUAAAUCCCAAAAAGAAGGACUCUCCUAUGUUGUAGGGGCGAAU